AUCGUACGAGACGCAAAAUAAUUUUUUAAACCUGAUAAUUUGAAAACUCUAGCGAAGGGGAGCAGUAACCAUAGUAACCGGCAGCGAUGAGUGACAAGCUGGCAGACAGAUCGAUAACUAAUUAGCACCGUAYGAGCUCUUUCAAUUCAUUUUGGAGCAUUGAUAAAAUUUGCGAGGCUGUUUUUAAACUUGUGUUGUUCUUGUCCUUCCCUUCAUMACUACUAAAAAUUCAAGAAACCUCUUGGAAUUMAAGCUGAUUGAUUUCCAACAAUAAUCAGAUGGCACUUUUCAAUAMAAAAUGAGCAAAGCAUUCUGGUCUAUUUGAUCAGAUGAUUUUGAAAAUACCAGUAAUUGAUAAUAACAUGAYAGUAGCCUUUAACCAACGGUGAGCGGAGUGGUGCAGUGUCUCAAAUCAAACUSUCAUAACUGGGUGGAGCUAGUAACGUCUUAUAUAACCAACCAAUCAUAGUUGUGCACGACAGCAUUCGACAUCUAUCAAGCAUUCCAUUAGCAUUUGAUUCUUUGCGCUUUUUCGUCGAUUAAGAGACAUAUCUGUUUCUCAACGCUCCUGAUCUCUAAAAAGCAAGUCUUCCUGCAAUCAAGCGUUCAAUACUCCAAGAUGAUGUUAUUGUUAAUACAUUCGAUUCUCUUCCUCUGUGUUCUGUUAGAUAAGACAUCACCCGCUAUGAAAUACACAGAYGAGAUCAAAAUCAAGAGUGGUCCARUACGAGGCAUGGUCAAGCAGYUAAAUACUGGUGGUACCAUUAAAAAAUAUCUUGGUAUACCUUUUGCUAAAGCAGAGCGCUUUGGGAAACCCACGGACCCAGAACCCUGGACUGACGUCAAAUAUGUCAUCAGUAAAGGAAAGGUUUGUCCCCAACCACCCACUUUAGGAUUCCGAGUGACUCAGAUGAGCGAAGAUUGCUUGAACUUAAACGUUUUUGUUCCUGAAGGAGCYGGGACUKCACUACCAGUCAUGGUUUGGAUUCACGGAGGAGCGUUUAUUUUKGGAGCAAAUAGAAGUUAUGAUAGUAGCUACAUAGCCUCGCUGGGCAGUGUUAUAGUUGUAGUUAUCAACUAUAGACUGAACGUUUUUGGUUUCUUGRCAACUGGUAAGAACGGUGACCUUGAGGGAAACUAUGGCAUGUUGGACCAAGUCUUUGCAUUAAAGUGGGUUCAAGACAACAUUGAAGCGUUUGGUGGUGAUCCUAACAUAGUUACCAUAUUUGGUGUGUCCUCUGGGGGUGCCAGUGUUAAUCAUCUCAUACUAUCCCCAAUGGCCAAAGGACUUUUUCACAAUGCGAUCAUACAAUCAGGUUUUUCUACUGCAAUUUGGGCGUAUACAACCUACAGCGAAGCACUUCAAGUUGCAAAGUGAGUUGGGAUUCCCAUAUCACAAACUGCUGGUCUGCGGCUACGAUUAAAAACGUUCGAAACGUUAGAUUUUAUCGGUUAACACGUUAACCUCAAUACAGUUUGUAUUUUAACGAGAGCCACUACGUGGAACUUACCGUGCCCAGUUCAAUUAAGAGGGCAUGGCGUACAGUCAGCACCAAAGCAGUUAUCGAUAUGCGCUAUAUAAUAAGAUUUUGCGACUUUCAAGAUUUUUCAAAUUUAUUUUGUCUUUAAGUUUAAAAUACUGUUGGACGCAUAGUAAGUGAAUAGUUGAAGAUCCUUAAAUUUUCUUCUGUCGUAUAUAUUGUUUGUUUAUACGAGUAUAAUAUUUAAUU